UGUCCAAAAACGUGGCAACAUAGCUGUUAUAAUGGCGUCUAUACUUGAUGAAUAUGAGGAUUCGCAGAGCUCCCGGCACCCUGCUCAACGACACACCCGCCUCUCUGGCUGUAAUAUUGGGAUUACACAUUCAGGAUUUGUAAACGUAAGACUGGAAGAAGAAAAGCCAAUAUUCAACAAGCAAAGGAUCGAUUUCUCGCCUCCUGAAAAAAUAAACCACUUUGCCAUCUGCAAUAAUCAACUAUGCAUGAGUUUGGGGAAGGACAUCAUAUUAAGGAUAGAUCUAGGAAAGCCUGACCAACCAAAUCAAAUUGAACUAGGCCGGAAAGAUGACAGUCGCGUGCACAAGCUGUUCCUUGAUCCCACAGGGUCUCAUUUGGUGAUCUGCUUGAGCACAAAUGAGUGUCUCUACCUGAACAGGAACACACAGAAAGUACGAGGCUUGUCUCGAUGGAAGAGUCACCUGAUUGAGAGCAUAGGCUGGAACAAACUGCUGGGCACAGAGGCUAACACCGGCCCGAUCCUGGUGGGCACCAGUCAGGGGCUCAUUUUUGAGGCUGAGAUUUCCACCUCAGAGGGUAGCCUUUUCAGCACCAACCCCGACCAGUACUUCAGGCAGGUGCAUGCACUGGAAGAGGACGGCCAGCCAGCACCGGUCUGCUGCCUGGAAGUUGAGCGUGGAAUGGAGUCCAAGUACUUCAUCAUUGCCACCACACGCAAACGCCUGUUUCAGUUUGUGGGGAAGGUACCUGAGGGCUCAGAACAGCAGGGGUUCAGCUCCAUCUUCAGCCAGAACCAGGACCUCCUCCCCAGCUUCCAGGAGUUCCCUGUCAAUAUGGGAUACAGUGAGAUUGCCUUCUACACCUCCAAGUUGCGCUCCAGCCCCAAAGCCUUUGCAUGGAUGAUGGGUAAUGGUGUCUUGUAUGGCCAAAUGGACUACGUUCGCCCAGAUUCACUCUUCAGCAAUGUGCAGGUCUGGGAGUACACGUCGGACAUUGACUUAAGCUUCAAUAAGCCGAUAUCCAUCGUUCUGACGCAGUUCCAUUUUCUGCUCCUAAUGCCAGACCGGGUCAAAGCAGUGUGUACCUUGAAUGGUCAGGUGGUCUAUGAAGACGUGUUCCCAGAAAAAUAUGGUCCCCUGAAGAAGAUGGUCAAAGAUCCCAUUGGUGGCCUGGUGUGGAUCUACACUGAGAAGGCUGUCUUCCGUUACCACAUCCAGCGGGAGUCCCGGGAUGUGUGGCAGAUGUACAUGAGCAUGAACAAGUUUGAUCUAGCUAAAGAGUACUGCCGAGAUCGGCCAGAGUGCAUGGACAUCGUACUGGCUAUGGAAGCUGAGCACUGCUUCCAGAACAAGAGGUACUUGGAGAGCGCCAAAUGCUAUGCCCUCACCCAGAACUACUUUGAGGAGAUUGCACUCAAGUUCAUCGAGGCAAAACAGGAGGAAGCCCUCAAAGAGUUUCUUAUGAAGAAGCUGAGUAACCUCAAGCCCAGCGAGAAGACGCAGACUACCCUGCUGGUCACUUGGCUGGCAGAGCUCUAUCUGAACCGUUUGGGCCUCCUGGAGUUUGACUACUCCAAGAAUGCCCUUUUCCAGGAAACUCGCGAGGAGUUCCGCCACUUUCUCAGCAGCGCCAAGCAUAAGGAGUGCCUCUUCAACAACCGCAACACCAUCUACGACCUGCUGGCUAGCCACGGCAACGUGGAAGACAUGGUCUACUUCUCUGUCAUCAUGCAAGACUACGAGAGGGUCAUCUCCCACCACUGCCAGCAUGAUGACUUUGGUGCCGCCCUGGAGGUUCUCUCCAAGCACUGCGAUGAGAAGUUGUUUUACAAAUUCUCCCCAGUUCUCAUGCAGCACAUCCCAAAGAAAGUUGUGGAUGCCUGGAUCCAGAUGGGGAACAGACUAGAUGCCAAAAAACUUAUUCCGGCUCUGGUGAACUACAGCCAGAUUGGCAGCACCCAGCAGAUAAAUGAGACGAUCCGGUAUAUGGAGUUUUGUGUGUAUGAGCUGACUGUGAAGGAGGAGGCUAUUCACAAUUAUCUACUGUCGCUCUAUGCCAAGUACAAGCCAGAUUCCCUGCUGUGGUACCUUGAGCAAGCAGGAACCCAUUCUUCAGACAUCCACUAUGACCUGAAGUAUGCUCUGCGGCUCUGUGCUGAGCAUGGGCAUCGCCAAGCCUGUGUCCUAGUCUACAAGAUAAUGGAGCUCUACGAGGAAGCAGUGGAUCUGGCACUACAAGUAGAUGUCGAUCUGGCCAAGUCAUGCGCCGACCUCCCUGAAGACGAUGAGGAGCUGCGCAAGAAACUGUGGCUCAAGAUUGCCCGUCACGUGGUGCAGGAGGAGAAGGAUGUGAAAAAAGCCAUGAACUGCCUCUCUAGCUGCAACCUGCUGAAGAUCGAAGACAUCCUGCCCUUCUUCCCUGACUUUGUCACCAUUGACCACUUUAAGGAGGCCAUCUGCAGCUCCCUGGAGGAGUACAACAAGCACAUCGAGGAGCUGAAGCAGGAGAUGGAGGAGGCCACGGAGAGCGCCAAGCGCAUCCGGGAGGACAUCCAGGAGAUGAGGAACAAAUACGGGGUGGUGGAGUCCCAGGAGAAAUGCGCCUCUUGUGACUUCCCUCUGCUCAAUCGCCCCUUCUACCUCUUCCUGUGUGGACACAUGUUCCACUACGACUGCUUGUUUCAGGAGGUCAGCCCUCACCUUUCCACCUACAAGCAGGCCAAGCUGGAGGAGCUACAGAAGAAGCUAGCAGCUGCCAGUCAGCCCACCAAAGCCCGGCACCGGCUGAAGGAAGACGAGGCUGGGAACCUUGGCAAGGGCCAGCUGAGCCGCGAACAGAUCAAAGCGGACAUUGACGAUAUUGUCGCCGGAGAGUGUGUGUACUGCGGAGAACUGAUGAUUAAGUCCAUUGACAAGCCCUUCAUCGACCCACAGAAAUAUGAAGAGGAAAAGUCCAGUUGGCUAUAAUUUUAAUCUGUGUGAUAUACUGUGGUGUGCUUUAAAACGGCAUUCAAAAUACAGCUGAAUCUGGUCCCUGAAAAUCUGACAUGCAUAACAUUUCCAUACCAAUUAAUAGCUGUCCACAUUAGACUGAUUAUAUAAGCUAGAAUUCAGGAUUCUGUAGAUUUUAAUUAGGCUAUAUGACAUGAGUGAUGAUGGUACUAUUAUGUCUAAGGAACAGUCCUUAAAUCACAUUUCAGACAAUAACCAGAACUGUACUGAUUUGUUGUUGUACUAAUGUGUGAUUUGUGCCUGGCUUCUUGUUCAGUCACUUGUGGUGAACUUGUUCUUAAACACAGGUUCGAAGAUGCAGUCUGUUCUGUUGCUAAUAAGCAGUAACAUUAAACUUGUUUUAGCUCAAUUAGAGCUACACAUACAUCUCAGAUACUGACAGGCUUGUUAUUCUGCAGUUGUUUUUGUCAUUUAUCAGAGGUUUUUAUCCAGAACCACUUUGAAAUGCCAUUAAAAACAUUAGGCAAAGAUCAGAGACAAUAUAAAGCAUUUUCUGAAAAUGUAUUUAUACCUGGAAUACCUAAGUUCAGCCUCCUGAAUAAGGUGAAACCUUUUUUCUUUAGCUAAGCAGUCAGCUCAUUGUACCGUGUCACCUAAGUCAUUUGCUAUGAAACGUCUAGUAUACACGUGUUCACAUAUGUAAGUUACUGCUUUUUCCACAACUAAGUGGCACUAACAAACAUUAUCGUUACCUUGCUUCCAGUGGGACUCCACUUCAACUUUAUUUGGCCAUUGGGCAUAAAUGUAUGUUCUUAAGAGGGCUGCCACUAGUUUUGAAUAGUUAAUCAAAACUAAACAUUUUUAAAUGGCUGUCUAUUACAUUUUUUAAUAAUGCUAAAUGUGUUUUGUACCAUUCUGAUGCAAUGUAUACCUAAAUUGAUUUUAUUGUAUUUUAGGUCUGUUGUGGCCUAAUUAUUAUUAUUUUUUGAUUAUUUAAAAAAAUUGUUUUGCUAUUGUUAUAUCAAACCUUAUUUUUAAAAUAUUUUUAUAUGCAUUGCUUGUGGCACCUUUUAAAUUAUCAGUGUGAAUCUUGUUUAAUUAUUGAAGUUGGCAAAUUGAUUUUAAUUGUUCAAUGUACGCUGGUUACACUGGUACACAUUGCUUGCAAUUGCAAACCUGAAACAAGUCAACAAAAGUCUUUCUUUAAUGUAUAACAAAAUGCAAAUGAAAAGCUUAAUAAAAUGUCAUAUUGCAGUUUGACAAA